AUGGCUCAGCAUCUUUAUGUUGACUGUCACUGCCAUUUGGACAGUAUAUGGGAAAAAUUAGGCAAGAAUUUAGAUGAUUCAUUCGAUGAGUGGACAGCUUCAUGGCCAGAAGGCUUUGAUGGCUGUCUUUGUGCAUUCAGUGAAGAUUUUGAAAAAACAAUGAAGUUUGUUGGUCGUAAUCAUCCAAAAAUCUUCGGAGCUCUCGGCCAGCAUCCUCAUGGAGCUUCCAAUUACAAUGAAGAAUACGAAGCAAAAUUAAUUGAAUUAUUAAAGCAUCCACAAGUUCGCGCUUUAGGUGAAAUUGGCUUAGAUUACCAUUAUACAUUAUCACCAGUUGACGUUCAGAAGCGUGUCUUUGAGCGUCAGUGUACUCUUGCUGUCGAAAGACAACUCCCGAUUACAAUUCAUACUCGUGAGGCAGAGGAUGAUACAUGGGAUAUCAUUAAGCGCUGCCUUCCGAAAGAUCAGAGAUUUCAUAUUCAUUGUUACACUGAUUCUUGGCAAUGGGCUGAAAAAGUCUUAAAAGAAUUCCCUAACGCUUACUUUGGCUUCACGGGAUGCCUUACAUUCAAGAAAUCUAAGGAAGUCCAAGAUGUUUGCUCUAAAGUUCCAUUAGAUAGAAUGCUUUCGGAAACUGAUGGUCCUUACAUGGCCCCAGAACCAUUCCGCGGAAAAGCUUCAAUGCCAGGCUAUAUUCCACAGAUAAUCAAGAAAAUGGCUCAACUCCAUAACGUUUCUGAAGAUGUUGCAUACACAACACUUAGAGAAAACGCUAGAAAGAUGUAUAACUUUUAA